AUGCUAUCCAACGUUGGAUUUGAACGCGGUGGAUACUGGAUAGAGAAGGUCCAGAGUGAUGAACGAAAAUGAGGUGAACUGAACCCAAAGGAUAAACAAAACAGCUUCAUAUCCAAGUGGCCAUGGCCUUAGCAAUCACUCCUCCUUAUAGCUUCAGCUUCACUACACGCUCAUUCAAAUCAUCGUUUACAACAACAUCAUUGGUUUCUUACAAGAACCCCAUAUUAAAUUUGUCAUCAAACAGGCCUUCUUCAACGUGUUUCUCCUCCUCUUCCUCCUCUGAAAUUACUUCGGAGACGGCAGAAUCGUGUGUCAAUUUGGGUCUCUCCCUCUUUUCCAGAGGACGGGUUAAUGAUGCCCUCAGUCAGUUUGAAACAGCACUUACUUUAAAUCCGAAUUCUGUGGAGGCUCAAGCUGCACUUUAUAACAAAGCCUGUUGUCAUGCCUACAGAGGGGAAGGAAAGAAAGCAGCCGAGUGUCUCCGGACUGCUCUGAAAGAAUUUGACCUCAAGUUUGGAACUAUUCUUAAUGAUCCAGAUUUAGCCUCCUUCAGAGCUUCACCCGAAUUUAAGGAAAUGCAAGAAGAGGCUAGGCUGGGUGGGGAAGAUAUAGGUAAUAGUUUCCGAAGAGAUCUGAAACUCAUAAGUGAAGUCCAAGCUCCAUUUCGGGGUGUUAGAAGGUUCUUCUAUGUGGCAUUCACUGCAGCCGCUGGAAUCUCUCUCUUCUUGACUAUACCUAGGCUUAUACUUGCAAUCAAAGGGGAUGAUGGAGCUCCUGAUAUCAUGCCAACUGCCGGAAAUGCUGCCAUCAAUAUCGGAGGUAUUGUGGUCUUUGUAGCAUUGAUUUUGUGGGAAAACAAGAAAGAGGAGGAACAACUUACACAAAUAUCACGAGACGAAACUUUAUCAAGGUUGCCUUUGCGCCUUUCUACUAGUCGAGUUGUCGAACUCGUUCAGUUACGAGACACUACCAGACCUGUUAUAUUGGCGGGAAAGAAAGAAACUGUCUCAUCUGCAAUCCAGAAGGCUGAAAGAUACAGAACUGAGCUCCUGAGACGAGGCGUGCUUCUGGUUCCUGUGAUAUGGGGUGAAAAUAGAGAACCGAUAUUGGAAAAGAAAGGCUUUGGUACCAAGAAAGCACCUGCCUCUCUUCCUUCUAUUGGGGAAGAUUUUGAGAAGCGAGCUCAGUCAAUUACAACCAAAUCAAAAUUAAAAGCUGAAAUUCGUUUUAAGGCUGAGGUGGUAUCUCCCUCUGAGUGGGAAAGGUGGAUAAGAGAGCAACAAAUGUCUGAAGGAGUUACUCCUGGUGAGGAUGUGUACAUUUUACUGCGUUUAGAUGGCCGAGUCCGACGAUCUGGAAGAGGUAUGCCUGACUGGCAACAAAUUGUAGAAGAAUUGCCACCAAUGGAUGCAUUGCUAAGCAAACUUGAAAGGUGACGUGAAUGUGACCUUGGACUUCUUCACAUAAUUGUGACCCGGGACAGUUUCAUUCUCUCCUUUCUCCGCACAUCUGUCUUAGAGUUACCGUCUACCAUCACUUUGUGUAAGAGAAGGAAUAAACACAAGUUCAUACUUUAAAGCACACUACUCUUAGUUCACCAAUGUUCAUCUAAACAUGUAUAUAAUACAUCUAUGUUGUACACUUUUGAAAACACUCAAAAUUAUGGAAACAAUGCAAUGAAGAGCACAUGAACAAAUUAGACCCGACAA